UUUUGUUUUCAGUUAAUGUAUAAUCUAUUCUCCCGUCUUGUUCAGGAAUUGAGAACUCCAGCUCAAGAUGCUACAGAAGCUGAAUUGUUUUCUUGCCCAAUUUGUUAUGAACCACUUAUGAGAAAAGGUCCUCCAGGUUUUAACUUACCUGCAAUCUACCGAUCGGGCUUCAAAUGCAGAAAGUGUAACAAGUCAUAUUCGAGCAAAAAUAUCUACCUUGAUCUCACUAUUACUUCUGGAACAAAAGAAUACAGUGAAUCUAAACCAGCUCGGACUGAGCUAUUCAGGAGUCCAGUUGUUUCAUUCUUGUAUGAGAGAGGCUGGCGUCAAAACUUUAACCUUAGUGGUUUUCCUGGUCCUGAUGAAGAGGUAAAACUUUUUUGAUUGCUCAGAUUAGAUGUAUCUAAGUAGCGUUAUGGUUGGUUGACUAAAUGUUAAUCUAGAAAUAACCACAUAUAUCACCUUCCUACAUGUAAGAAAUGUUGUCGUUUAUCCAUUAACUUUUCCAUUGACGGAGUUUUUGGCCAAAAUUAUCCCUUAUCUUUGAGGAUAGAUUUAACUGUCCUCCAAAUAUAACACUGAACACCAUUUGUCCUUUAAGUUUGCAAAAAAAUGAGCAUUUUUAGUCCGAGUAACAAAAACACCGAUAUCUGUUAGAAAACUAACAGAGAUGUAACACCCAACUGCACUUGAAACUUUUUAAAAAAUACCGACCUCUCUUAACACCCCAAAUCAGUCCAUUACCUACUUUUCUAUCGGAGAAAACUUUUACUCCCACCGGAUUCAAACUGCCAAGAUAGGUAGGUGGUGAACUAGUGUGUCACUGUGGCUGAUUUAAGCUCGAAAAGUUAUCGAUAGCUGAGGCGGUGUUUUGUUGGUUGUGUGUACAAUAUGCAAGCAGCAACAACAACAACAAAGCAGUAUAUUUUCACACGUGGGGUCUGGGAAGGGUGAUGUGUACGCAGACCUUAUCCCUACCUUGUGCAGGUAGAGAAGCUGUUUCCAAGAGACCCUCGACUCGAGCACGUAGUCAUAGCAACACGUAAAAUUGAAAUAUAAGAAUAGUAAAGUCAUUAAAAAAAAUGAAGCAAUAAUGAGAUAGUAACUAACCAAGCUGAAGCAUCACCAGAUAAUACUAGAAAUCCAAGAAGAGGCCAAAACCGGAGUAAUACUACAUCUACCGGAAUGGAAGGAAAGUACGCUCAACUACUACCAACUUUCUACCCUAAUCCUCGAUUUCUACAUCCUCCUAUCAAGGGUAUGUCCUUGGUCAGCUGAACAUGCGCCAUGUCCUGCCUAAUCACCUCUUCCCGAUUCUUCUUUGGCCUUCCUCUACCUCAUCUCAAGCCCACGAUGCUCAACCUCUCACUCCUUCUCACCGCGGCAUCUCCUCGUCACAUGACCGAACCAUAUCAACCUCAUUUCCCGCAUCUUCUUCUCCACGGGGGCUGCCCUCACAUUGUUUCGAAUAACUUCAUUCCUAACCUUAUCUCUCCUAGUAUGCCCACACAUCCAUUUCAGCAUCCUCAUCUCCACUAUUCUCAACUUCUGGAUAUGAGAGUUCUUGACUAGCCAACAUUUCGUCCCAUACAACGUAGUCGGUUUAACCACCACUCUGUAGAACUUACCUUUAAGUCUUGGUGGCACUUUCUUAUCACAUAAGACAUCGGAAGCAAGCUUCCAUUUCAUCCUCCCUGCCCCAAUACGUUGUGUGACAUCCUCGUCGAUCUCCCCGUUACUCUGAAUUACUGACCUUAUAUACUUGAAACUUUCCCUCUUAGGGAUGACACAUGUAUCAAGCCUCACUUGCACUCUAUCUUCCUACGAAAACUUGUGAUCAAUUAUCAA